GGCAACAUAAGAGUAUGCUUACAUACAGCCGAACAAUUGUCCGCGAGCGGCGUAGCAGCGUUGACGCUCAUCGUAUUAAAGGCCCUAUUCAUCUCCCAGCGUAGUCAAUAACAAUGUAAUUGAACAUUACACAUACUUCUCGCGUGUUUAUCCGGUCUGUGUAGUGCAUUGUGAUUUUCAAUUUGAUUCAACAUCAGCCAAAAUGACGGUCGAAAAAGCUGCGCCAAAAACAGCAGAGAAGAUAGAGGAGUUGCCGCUGAAGUCGGAGGUGAAAACUGAUUUUUCAAAUAUGAAUUUCUUGGAGAAAAUGAAAUUCAUCAAGUCAAACAUAACAGUGGAACCGGUGUUAGCGUUGUUCGUGAUGCCUAGUGUUUUGGCGAUGUUGGCGACGCAGAAUUUGAACCUAGAUAAGGCCUGUAGAGUGAACUUGGAGUUCAGUGAUACAGUGUGUACAGAUUUGCGGUUAAGAAAUCGAGCAAACCACACAUAUGAAGAGGAUGAAGUACAAAAACUUAUCGCGUCCGUUCAGGGAUGGAAAAGUGUUAUUCACACGGCCGUUCCGACGCUCCUAAUGUUAUUUAUCGGUGCUUGGAGCGACAAAACCGGGAGACGGAAAAUCUGCAUGUUAAUGCCGAUCUUCGGGGAAUUCAUGACUUGUAUUCUUAACAUGAUCAAUACAUACUUUUUCUAUCAAGUCCCGGUGGAGUUGACUGUUUUUAUGGAGGUCAUAUUCCCAGCGCUGACGGGUGGAUGGUACACGAUGUUUCUUGGUGCCUUUAGCUACUUAGGGGACAUAACGUCUAAAGAAACGAGGACUUUCCGCAUGGGGAUACUUAGCUUGUGCAUGACCGUCGGUUUCCCGGUGGGGAUGGGAUUGAGCGGUGUACUGUUGCGUUACGCUGGUUAUUAUGGUGUAUUCUCUGCGUCUGCAUUGUUCCAGUUUAUAAAUUUCUCAUACGUUUGGAUUGCUAUUGAAGACCACAGAUGGCUUGAAGAUAAAGAGAAGAAACUACGAACUGGCUGCAGUGGGUUCUUCUUGGAGUUCUUUGAUCUCCACAGUUUGAAAGAAACGAUUUACAUUGCGUUUAAGAAGGGACCAAAUAAGAGGAGACUGCGUAUCUGCCUCAUUCUCACAGUUGUCUGUUUGAGUUUUGGCCCAUUAUGGGGGGAGCUGAGUAUAAUGUACAUAUUCGCUCGAUACCGGUUCAACUGGGACGAAGUCAAAUACAGUAUUUACUCCACGUACAGCCUUAUUACACAUUCCAUUGGUACAAUGUUCUCUAUAAGCGUAUUCAGCAAGAAGUUAAGAGCAGAUGAUUCAGUAUUGGGCAUGAUAUCCACUUCCAGCAAAAUAGCUGGAGCGCUGGUAUUGGCCUUUGCUAGAAAUGAUUACGAGGUAUAUGUAGCGCCGCUCGUUGAGAUAUUAAAUGGGACGACAACCAUCGCGCUGAGGUCGAUCGCGUCGAAGCUGGUUUCGCACCAAGAAUUGGGCAAAGUAUUCUCACUCUUCGGUGUAGCAGAAACAAUGAUGCCACUUAUAUUUGCUCCUUUAUACUCUCGGGUCUACAUCAUGACAUUGCACGUUCUGCCCGGAGCUGUGUUUCUUUUAAGCGUGUUGGCUACUAUACCCGCAUUAUGUAUAUUUGGAUGGUUCUACCACCAACACAAAGAAGACGCAAGGCAAAAAAGACUUGAAGUUCCCAAUAUACCAUCAGCGCCACCACCCACUGCGCCCGAAGUUGUUACUACGUAGAUUUAGUUAAUUUGUUUCAUGGGAUAUAGUGCGAUUACAAAAGUAGCUUUCUAAGAUGUCUAAGUUAUCAAAUAGUUAUAUGAGACGAAUUUAUUCCUCGUUCGCUUUGGCGAUAGCCCGUUAAAAGUAUCAUAAGUUCAACCUAGUAAAACUAAAAACACAGGGGAAAAUUUAUCUGCUGUAAGACAUAAGUGAUCUUUACACUUAAUAUUGCUUUUUCAUUUUUCAUUUAAUAUUUUAUGUGAAGUAAUAGUAUACUUAUCUCAAUGAAAUAACGGCAUCUUAGAAGCAUGAUGGCCUCAGAUAUGACUGAAUAUCGUAAGGAAGAAUGAAUAUAAAAUUGUUAUAAUACACACCUAGAUUGUGUGAAUUUUAUUUAAUAUUUACGCAAUUGCAAGAGGAAAUGAUUUGUAAGUAAUAGAGAUAUUGCUAAGUCUGGAAGAAAUCUCAUUAUACGUAAAUGUAUUUUAUUUAGAUAUAUGAGUAAUGCACAAAAUAAAGAUUGUAAUAACAUGUAUUAAUAUUUCAAAGUCGUUUUGUUUAUGUUUAAAUAUAGUCCAUUCUUUCACGUAAAUUCACUGUUUUGAUUCAUAAUGUUAAAAUUUAAUAUUAUAUUGAUACUAUAAUUUGAUGUUUGUCACGUCUUUUGAAAAUAUAAUUUAAAAUAGAUACAAAAUUGUAAGCGUGAAGUAAGAUACUCCGAUAUAUACAGGAAACUGUGAUUUGUUUAUAGUAAUUUAAUAUUCUUUACGGUAUCUUGUUUGUGAUAUUCUAUCGCAGGUUUCAGAGUGAUAUUGUUACAUGAUUGUUUUAUUAUUGCAUAUCGUAUUAUGUACUUUUUUAUGGAUAGAAUAUAAUGAUUGAAGAAUAAU